AACUAAAAAUGCAAUAUGAAACGCUGAAGAUAAAUGGCCCAAGGUUAAACGCAACGUUGCAGGAGACCUGCGAUGAAUAUGGUACGGACCACAGAUAUGGUGAUAGACGGGAAGAAACUGGUAUGUGUAGGUUAGCAUUGACAGAUGCUGAUAAAGGUAUUCGCGAUUGGUUAGUAAACGAAGUAACUAAGCUAGGCUGUGAAGUCAGAAUAGAUAAGAUGGGAAAUAUGUUUUGCAUUCGUCCAGGUAGACUAAACUCCUCGCCAAUAGGGAUUGGAAGUCACCUUGACACUCAACCGAUGGGUGGUCGUUAUGAUGGUAUACUAGGUGUACAAUCUGCUCUUGAAAUACUACGAACGCUAAACGAAACUAAAUACGAAACAUUUCAUCCUAUUUGCCUUAUCAAUUGGACUAACGAGGAAGGUGCCAGAUUCCCAAAUUCACUACACGGAUCAAGUGUAUACGCGGGUAUACUUCCACUAGAACAAGCUCAUUCACUCAAAGCAGUUAUAGGAGAAGGUGUUUCAACACUCGACGAACUCAAGCGCAUUAAUUACCAUGGUAUUCAUGAAUGUAACUACAAAGCAAACCCUCUCAAGGCAUAUUUUGAAUAUCACAUCGAGCAAGGUCAUAUUCUCGAUGAAUCAGAAAACCAAAUGAAAAUCGGUGUGGUACAUCAAGCUACAUGUUAUCGGUGGUUUACUUUGAGAAUUAAGGGAAGAGAAUCACACACUGGUGCUACCCCGUUUGACCGACGUUCAGAUUCGGUUUUGACAGGUGCACAGAUCAUAUUAACGAGCACAGAGAUUGCCAAGCGUUUAGAGGGUCUAUUCAGCACGGGGAUCUUUGAAGCAAAGCCUGGGAGUGUGAAUACAACCGCCAGUUAUGUGGAAAUGAGUGUGGACUUACGCCAUGAGUCCAAUGAGAUAUUAGAUGUGUUGGAAAGUGAAGUAAUUAAAACAUCAGUUGACAUAGCGAAGCAAAUGAAGUGCGAGCUGGAAUGGGAGAAGAGUAUUCGUAGCGAUGUGCGCCAAUUCGAUAGUGAGGUAGUUAGAUCUAUAACUAAAGCCGCUACUGAUACAGUAGGGGAUGAUAAACAUAUACCUAUGCGUACGUGGGCAGGUCAUGAUUGCUGUGCUGUCAGCAGUACUGGUAUUCCUGCAGCUAUGAUAUUUUGUCCCAGCAGGGAUGGAAUUACUCAUAAUCCUAGAGAAUAUACUUCUUCAGAUGAUUGUGCUACUGGUGCUCAAGUCUUGCUUCAAGCUGUUCUCGAUUAUGAUUGCAAAAUGGCAAGCCGAGGAGCCUAAAACGUGAAUACCACAAUUAUAGUGAUGCAUUG